UGAUUAAUUUAUCAAAUAAUUUCAUCAACAAUUGCAGUGUAAGCAUGAAUAGAUUUUCAUUCAAGUACAGUAGCGUGAUUCUGGGUGUGACUGCGACUGCAUUUGGAUAUUAUGCAAUCCUUAUGCCACACACUGUCUUCCUGAAAAAGUAUAAAUACAUGGUAGCCACAUACCAAAUGGGAAAAGAGGUGCAGUUAAGCUCUAAAAUCCAGCAGAUAAUUCAGAAGGUAAUGAGCGAUUUGAAACUAUCCGACGACGUUAAAGCUAUUAUAAAGCCCGUCAGCGUAUUUGGUUUCGAUUUGCUUCACGCUGGCACUUUCAAUGCUAAAUACGGUGCAAUAUUGGGAAUUCCCAUUAAUUUCACCAAUACUACAGAGCAGCUUUACAAGAAUCUGCAGAUUAAGGAGGAACCAGUAGACUGGACGCGGCAAGACGCGAAGGCUUUUCUGAAAGCAGUAAUGUUCUCCGAGGAUGCACAAAAAUUUGCAAUAGCGCGCGAAAUCUUGCGAAUUCAGGCGGAGGAGCCGUACUUUAAUUCACUCUGGCUGGCUUUAACUAUAGGGACCCUAUGGACACUUUACAAUGUUAUAUCAUACAGAUAUAAAGUACGCGAAGGCAAUGCAAUAGUACGACGUAUGCUUUACGCGACUUUCACUUUAUUUGGUGCAAUAUUUUGGUUCGGUGUAAAGGACUAUCGGAGUUAUCAGCUCGAUAAAGAGAACGAUGAAGCUUUGUGUCGUUUAGGAACCGAAUAUAUCAAGGGAGGACAGGAAUUUUAUGAAAAAACAUUAAAUAGAAACAGAGCUUUGAGGACUCUCCUUGGAACAGACGGGAAAAAUACAUAUACCGUUCAUGGAAAUGAAGAGAAUUUUUUGAGACUGAAGCAUGUACCAAUCUCUUACAGGAAGGAUUUUUUCGAUUCGCACCUACGAAACUUGGAAGGUAUGAAAUAAAUUGAUUUCUUUUAUACCUACCUAAAAUUUUAAGCAUCUUUUUUUAUGUUGAUCAUCCAAGAUCCUUGAUCAAAAUUCUAAUGAUAUCUAGUAUGUCUUAUAGUUUCGAAAUAUAUCUUUUUAUUUUCGUAAUUAACUGCAUGAUUUAACUAUUUCAUACGCGCUAAAAUGAAUGGAACGUGAAGUACUUAGUGCGAUCGGAAAUUUAUGUAUAAACAAGAUUAAUGUAAAUAUAUAUUUAUAAUGUUGUUGGUGAUAAGAUGCGAUAUUCGUAAUAAACUAUUUGAUAAACAGUA